AUGUGUUACUUUGACGAGAGUUCCACGACGGCCAAGGAGGCGCUGGAGCAGUACUACAAGCAGCUCGGCACCACCAUCGAGGAGCGCGAAGCGAGAUACAAAGCCGUGAGGAGCCGACUCGUCGAGCAGACACUCUCAGAGGAAGAGAAGCAAAAGCUGUAUGAGGAGUACCGGUCGAAGGAGACGGAGUUUCUUCGUCUGCGGCGGUCCCGCAUCACGUGCGAUGACUUCAACUUCAUCAAGACCAUCGGCCGCGGCGCUUUCGGCGAGGUCAAGCUCUGCCAGAAGAAGGACACGGGCGUCAACUACGCAAUGAAGAUCCUCCACAAGGCGGACAUGCUUGAGAAGGAUCAGGUUGCGCACGUGCGUGCCGAGCGCGAUGUGCUGGUGCAGGCAUACAGCGACUGGGUCGUCCGCAUGUACUACUCGUUCCAGGAUCGGGUGAAUCUGUAUCUGAUUAUGGAGUUUCUCCCCGGCGGUGAUAUGAUGACAAUGCUCAUCCGUUUCGACACCUUCUCCGAGCAAACAACGCAAUUCUACAUUGCGGAGGCCGUGCUGGCGAUUUCGUCCAUCCACGAGCUCGGAUUCAUUCAUCGCGACAUCAAACCAGACAACCUGCUCCUCGACAGGAGAGGGCACCUGAAGUUGUCUGACUUUGGGCUGUGCACGGGUCUGAAGAAGGCACACAGAACCGAAUUCUACAGGAAUCUCAAGGACGAGAAGGUCAAGUCUGGCAAGCCGCUGUCGAUGAAGGAAAAGGCGCGCAGCUGGAAGGCAAACAGGCGCGCACUCGCGUAUUCGACGGUGGGCACGCCAGACUACAUUGCGCCCGAGGUGUUCUCGCAGCAGGGAUACACAGAGACGUGUGACUGGUGGUCGCUCGGCGUGAUCAUGUUUGAGAUGCUCAUUGGCUACCCGCCCUUCUGCUCAGACUCCCCGCAGGAAACAUACCGCAAGGUGAUCAACUGGCAGCGGACGCUGGUGUUCCCGAAUGAAGUCAUCAUCAGCGAGGAGGCCGAGGACCUCAUCCGCCGCUUCUGCACAGACGCCAGCGAUCGCAUCGGCCGCGCCGGCGUCGAGACACCGAGGGAGGCAAGGGAUAAUGGGUCAUGA